AGACCUCCUUCAGACAAGCCUUCAGCGUUAAUCUGUGGUUUUCCUUUUGUGGACAAGAUGCCUCGUGCGAAGCCUGUUUACGUUGAUAUUUACGAUGAACCACUGACAGAAGAUGUGGAGGAAAUACUGGCUCGUUUCCAGCUAACUGACUCUGUCCGGUAUGAGGUGUUUUCAUCCAUUUGGAGGGAGAUGUGCUUCUCAGAUGUCUUCAUAGGUAUCAUCGGUAUGAGUGAAAUGAAGAGAUUCUGCAGGAUUACGCUGGGCACAGCUGUGAAGUACUUCCUACCUCCAUACAGCUACCAGAUCCGGGUAGGAGGCUUGUAUCUGAUGUUUGCUUUGUACCACACGCAGCCUGCCAUCCCACCUGUGAAGAUCAGAUUCGCUCUAAAGGACUGGCCUCAAAUUCAGAAGUUUGUCAAGGACUCUGAGGAUUCUGGGCACCUAGAUGUUGUUUACAUAUAUCAAAAGCUUGUUGCAACCGGAGCCAUACACUACACCGCCAUGCCUCAUUUUCUCUCCUAUCAAAAGCAGAGGAAACCAAAGAAGAAGACUGUGUGUGCAGAGUUUAUCGGGAGGACCACGGCGGUCUUGGAUUUGUACUCUGCAGACGUCCUGGAGGAGCUGACAAACAUCCAGAGCCACUAUGAGAAUCUAAAGGAGGCCACGGUGGAGGUCAGCCGCCAAGUCAACAUGACCCAUCAAGAUUUCACUCCUCGCCUUAAAGACUGCAUGUCAGAGUUCUUAAUGUGGCAGCAGAAGACUUUCUCAGAUGAUAAAGACCAGAAAUCUGGUGAUGAUGAGGAUGAGGAGAAUAAGGCAGCUGAGGCUGAGUCCUGCAGCAGCAGGGCCAGACUGCUGUCCUCCAUCAAGCAGAAGAGCUACGGGAACUUCCAGGAGCAGUCCAAGUCCAGGAGGCAUCGACAGCCCGAGGCAGUGGACUCCUCCAGCUCGGGGGCAGAGCAUGUCCGAGAGUCUGCGUCUGUGCGGCGAAGGAGGCCUCCCUCACUUCGGGCUCGGACCUGGAAGAGUCUCGGGGUGACACGGGAGGAGUGCCAGCUCCAGCCCUGGCUCCUGAGUGCUCCUGAGCAUGACAGGGUGCCGGUGAAGAGGAUCCUGCAGACACCACCUUACAAACCAUGAUGGGAAGAGAGGGAGGAGGACGUUCAGCUCCAUAAAGAUGUUCUGCACUUUGUUUCUGUUUUAAAUGUAAAAAAAAAAGUUCACAAACAUUUGGAUAUAUGUUGCUAUUUUUUUUACUCACUGUGCAUCUGUUAUUAAACUGGAAACCUUUAAGUUGUUAAUAAAUGUAUUAAUGUUUUACCUUGUUUUCAUUUGAAUUGCCUGUCAGAGUAGGGAAAGUUUUGGUUUCACAAUCUGGACUGUGUUGUCUUUUGUCAGGUGAAUCAACUGGUUAUUUCACACCUGUUCAGAGAUCUGGCUUCUGCACAGAAAACGCCAACCAAAACCACUGAUUUUGUUCAUUUUGCUGAUUUUCUAA